UAUUCUGAGGAUAAGAAAUAGUGUCGAAUAAACGUUAGCGAACAUCAUAACAUAAGCUGCACCAGUUAAUGAAAACAUUUGUACUAUUUGUGGCUUUUGACAACACGGAAAUGAUAAUAUCUGUCACGUGACACUUUCCGGCCAAAAUGGCGGACGAAGGAGCGGAAAGACGAUUUUUUGGUGAAAUAGUAAGAAAUGCAAACACGUACGGUUCUACAACAAAACCUAGGCCCAAAUACGCAAAGUUUGCUAAACAUGAUAUUUCUAGGUUGGACACACUACAGGGAAUCGCUCUUAAAUAUGGGGCAACAGUAGAACAGAUCAAACGAGAGAACAAACUAUGGACAAAUGACAGUUUAUUUCUUCGUGAAUAUUUAUAUAUUCCAAUUACAAAUGAGAACACUCAUCUCAUUAAAGAUGAUUGGGAACUACUUUCUUCGGACGAAGUAAGAUCAAGGUCAAAUAGCGAAUUACUUAAUAGUAAUGAAGACUUGGGUGCUAGAGGAAGUGACAAAACUGAACCUAACGUUAAUGUGGGUGAAAGUGUAAAUAGUGCCAAAAGUGAAACUGCGGGCAUGGACUUUUUCUCAAAAUAUGAUUCCAGUAUUGCAGCUUUAAAGAGUAAAGUGGACAAAUUGGAACAAAAUUCUAGUCGUGAUGCCAACCUUAGCGAGUUGAUCCCACGGAGACACUCCGACUAUAACAAGGUUUCCCAUACCCCACCCAGGAAGUUCUCAACAGGCGAACCGGACAGUCCCGUGCUGGUCAUCAGAUCAAACACUCGCUCAUCAAAGGUGCAGUCGGCCGUGAAACGCUCGGAAAUGGCUUAUGAUAAUCUUUUUGAGUUGUGAUACUAGUUUGUGUUUAUUUGUGCUACUUAAGAACGACUGUUUAAGUUGUGAUAUGUAUGUUGAUUAAUCAAGGCCGCUAUUCAUAAAACAUCUAUAAGUUAUUUCCUAACUUAAGUUACUUUGUUUUCAUUGAUUUAAUUGAAAAUCCUUACUUUUAUGUUUAACAAACAGGUACAAUUAUCUCUUUGAAUUUGUCUAGGAACUUUUAAGGAAUGACUUAAAAUGUUUUAUGAAUACUAGCUCAGAGCUUUUUCCGCAAAUAUUUAGUAGAGGCCUGGAAUUUUGUGUUAACACGUUUUUUUAAAUUAUUGGGAAAUUUAUGUUAAAACAUAAAUUGGGCAUAAAUGAGGAAAUGUUAACACGUAAAAUGGGAAAUGUUGACACGUAAAUUGGGAAAUGUUAACACGUUAAUCGGAAAAAUUUAAUAGUGUUUUGUGUAAAUGCAUCAAACUGGUAUAGUAAAAGUCAUGAACAACUGACAUACAGAUACAAACACAGCUAUUUUGACAUCAGCACAAACAACAAUUAAAUGAUUAUUUUCUUUUAAUUUGUUGAUUAUUUUAUGCAUUUAUCUUUGUCUAAAAAAGUGAUCAAAAAUCAAGGAAUUGCCACCUAAAUAUGAACAACCUCUGCAAGAUUUAAUUCAAAUUAUUGAAAAAGUUCAUUCUUAUGUAUAUGUAUGUUGGUAUGUACAUAUACAAAAUCCAAGAUAAUCUCAUAUGUUCCUGUCUUACUUAAAGGUAUUAGUUGUGAUAUGUAUGCCAAUAUACUUAAAUCCCAAUGUACAUGUAUUAUGGUUGAUACUUAAAGUUUGUAUUAUAUAUUUAUCUGAUGGAUGUUCACAGAACUAGUAGAUUUAUUAGUUAUUUGUGUUUUUUUGCCUGCAAGCUUAUAUCCCAUGCAUUGAAAAUCAUCCUUCUUUGGAAUGUUAUUGUACCCAAAUGAAAUUCAACUUGUAAUACAGAUAAGAGACCCUGAUUGUAAUUGUUAUGACAUUAUAUAUAUGUAGUUGUUUUUUGUUUUGUUUAAAGGCAGAUAUCUGUAUUGUUAUAAGGAAUAAGGAAAGUGUCAUUAGGGUUUAUGUCAUCACUUCCUGAAUCAAACAUUGGACGCCCUCAUAGUUGAUCCAACCAGGGGUUUCAUAUAGGCUGUAUAUACUUAGAUCCCAUGUGUUUUUGAGUUGUGCUACUUGUGUUUGCUUUGAUAAUACGUUACUUAAAAAGUUAAGAUAUUCAACCCAUAGUAGGUAUCUAAUUCAUAUAUUAUGAGCCCAUAUGAUAUUUGUACGAAAAUAAUUUUCUCAAAAACCUUUCCUUUAAAUAUUUUCAGCUUAUGGAACCUUUGCAAAUGAUAUAAACACCAAUAUGGUCACACUAGCAACCGAAAUCAAAAUUGUUUGACCGAAAUUAUGAAAUAUACCAAACAAAUUGAUUGGUUGAUUGCCUUAAUUGAUUUUUAGUUGUGAUAAUUAUGUUUAAUAUACUUAGAAACCUUGAUUUACAGGGUAUGAUUGUAUUACUUAUAUACAUUCUUUGUAUAAAUUGUAAAUAGGUAUUUGUAAGUACCGCACUCUUGUAUAAAAAAUAGCUUAAAAUAAUAUAUUCAAGUUGUGGUUGUUUAGUUUAUUAAACACAUGUUAUUUAACCAGUCUAUUUGAAUUAUUCAUUUCUCCCGUUGCCCUUCUUCUUUAGUGUACAAACCAAAAUGAGAAAAAAAUUGCCUUAUUGAUUUCAGUCAUUUCACCAUUGAUGAAAACCGCAGGGGGCAGAAACAAAUAAAUCUGAUAAAAAAACAAUGCCUCCUGUUGAUGAAAACAAGGCAUAAACAGGUGAUGGAAUAGGGGCUGAGUAUUAAGACAUCUGGGAAACUAUUAUUUUUAUAAUCUCUAGCCUAUGUUCCCUUUAUAUACAGUAUAGUCUAAAAAAAAUAAGAAAUAAUAUGUAUAAAAAAAAGAAAGAAAUAAUAUGUUUCUGCCUCCUGUGGGUGAAAACAAGGAAUAAAUAUUGAAGUGAUAGAAUAAGGGUUGCUGUAUAAAGGCAUCAGAGAAACCACUGAGUGAACAAUCUCCAUCUUAUCCUGUGUUAUGUUGGCAUUGUUUUGUAAAUAAAGUAGAAUGUGGCAUGGAUUAGAUGGUUUAUUAUGUAUAACGUCAGUCAUGUUUGUUUUAUAAUAAUUUCAGAAAAAAAAAUGUUCAUUUAAAAUAAAUCAAAACAGAAAUUGAAUCAUUGUCAAGUUCUAAUAAUUAUUGAAGAUAUUUUUGAAGGGACUUAAAAAAAUAAGGGACUCAGAUUUUUUUUAAGGCACUAAGAUCUUUUUUUACAGGACUAAGAUAUUUUUAAGGGACUCAUUCACAGGUAUUUUGUUGGCAACAAUUUUUUCGUCUUUGUUAUUUUACUUUCAUUCAUCGCCAAACAUAUUGCAACAGAUGGCAGCUACACAUUUCAACAGUUUUAUAACAGUUUUAUAAAUCUAAUUUGCUAUCACAUUAUUAUUAUAAUUUAUUCACAUUUCAUAUUAAUUUUCAUAUUAAUUUUUGUCAAUGUCUAAUGCUUUAGAAAAUGAAUGAGUCUCUUUUAAACGUGAAUGCAUCCCUAUAAAGAUUGUCAAUAUGACUGAACACUAAAGUUCAGAAUUCUGGGGCCAUCUUACAAACCUACAUUUAAGGCAAACUUUCCAAGAUCAAGUAUUUAUUUUAUAUAUUUUGUCAUGUAACAAAUACAAUUUUUCUUGCAAAGUCAAAUUAAGUUUGUUCAAAUGAAAAAAAACACACACAAAAACAACUACUUACAGGUAACUCAAAACCAGUUUCUAUUUAUGCCUACAAUUACAAGUAUGAUGAUGAUAAAAGACAUAAAACAUGGAUGGCUAUGAUUAUAACUACUUUUACACUCAAAACACAUUAUUACAGAUGAGUCCAAUUUUUCUAGAAUCUUUGGUAAGAUGGGUCCUAUUAUUCUACUUAAGGCGCCGUGAGAUAUAUAACCUUAAUGGGGAAUUAUGAAGUUUAGGACGUCCUGCAUUAUUAGGAAAAUAUAAAAUCCUCACUUAAGAUGCUUCAUGAGUGAGAUCACAUACAUGUACAUGAUAUUUGUUAUUCGGUAUUAGUUUUCAUGUUGAAAGAAAUAAAAGGGUGAUUUGUCAGUGUAAGGAUAUUUUGAAAUUUUGCAGUACUUUUGCCACUUUGCCAAACGAUUCUUUUAUAUGGCCUUGAUGGUCUCUGUUCAUUUUGAUAUAUGAAAAUAUAAACCACCCUCAAGUUUUAAAAUAGGAAUUUAUCAAUGCAAUAAACGCUUUUUUAUUUCUCAUGUAUAAACUUUAUUACAUACAAUUAGUUGAACCACAGUUAUGUUUUGUAAAUAUAAUUGCAAUAUGAUUUGUGAUACAUAAAAACUGCAUGCAAAUACUUUGAGUUUAUAGAGUUAUGUUUAAUUCCCUUUCGACUAAGUCAAUAUGCCACAAAGAUAUAGAUUAAACUAGUUAUGUUAAUAAUUCCAAUUCUAGGAAGGCAAUAUGCCAAAUGGAUAUGAAUUCAUCUAUAUUAUGUUUAUAAAUCCCUUUCUAGGAAGUCAAUAUACCAUAUUGGAAUUGUGUUAAUCUAGCUAUGUUAAUAAAUCCCUUUCUAGGAAGGCAAUAUGAAACAUGGAUAUGAAUUUAUCUAUAUUAUGUUUAUAAAUCCCUUUCUAGAAAGGCAAUAUGCCAUAUGGACAUUAGGUUAAUCUAGCUAUGUUUAUAAAUCCCUUUCUAGGAAGGCAAUAUGCCAUAUGGACAUUGGGUUAAUCUAGCUAUGUUUAAAAAUCACUUUCUAGGAAGGCAAUAUGCCAUAUGGACAUUGGGUUAAAUAAGCUAUGUUUAUAAAUCUCUUUCUAUGAAGGCAAUAUGCCACAUAGAUAUAAGUUUAUCCAUAUUAUGUUUGUUAUUCCCUUUCUAGGAAGUCAUUAUGCCAUGUGGACAUUGGGUUAAUCUAUUAGCUAGUUAUGUUUAAUGUUCCCUUUCUAGGAAGUCAUCUUGGAAGGCUAUCUUGAUAUUGGUUCAUCUAGUUAUUUUUAUUAUUCCUUUUAUGGUGAAAUCAAUAUGCCACAUGGGUAUGGGCUAUACAAGAUAUGUUUAUAAAUCCCUUUAAGGGAAGUCACCAUGGGCAUGGGUUCAUCUAGUUAUGUUUAUGAGUCCCUUUUGAGGAAGUCAGUAUGCCACAUGGCUUGAACUUGCUUUACAUUCUUGAUGUCCCUUUUAAUUUUAUGGAAUGUGGGCAUAUCCAAAUCACAUUGUCUGUCCGUGUGUGCAUCUGUUUGUCGGUGUUCUGUGUCUAGGCUGUAACUUUGUCAUGCACGGU